AUGGCCAGCAACCAGAGCCUCUCAUUGUCCCUGUGGGCUGCUCUAGCCCUGACACUGGUCAUAGCUGCAUGUCCUGUAACCAGUACUAAUGAUGAGGCCAAGAAUAUGGUAGUGGGACAUGUGGAGCCUGCUGAUCCAAAUGAUGAGGAGGUGCAGAAAGCUGUGGACUUUGCUGUUGAAACCUACAAUGAUUUGACCAAUGACGUGUACAUUAGCAAGCCAAUACAAGUGAUGAGCGCCAGUCAGCAGGUCGUGAGAGGGAUGAACUACUACUUGAAAAUAAAGUUAGGACGAACCACAUGUCCCAAAGGCCAGUCUGUUGAUUUGGAUGUUUGCCCCUUCAAUGAACAGCCAGAUCAGCAGGAGAGAGCAAUCUGCAAUUUCGAGAUCAACACUGUGCCCUGGGAGAAUGAGACCUCCAUGACAAACUUCAGCUGUCACAGUGCCUGAGGAUCUACACUGCCCUGCACUGUGCUGAUUUCCCCUACUCUAGCUUCUCCUUCAGUUCCCCGUCCCUCACACAGGGAUCUGAGCCCUGAGUCAUGUCUCUUCAGAAUGCAAAGAUCAGUAGAACAGGAUGCUGCAGACAGACCCUG